AUGUCUGAUAAGUCUUACGCAGUAGGCAUUGAUUUGGGUACGACCUACUCCUGUGUGGCCGUGGUGCGACCUGAGGGUGUCGAAAUUAUUGCAAACGAUCAGGGUAACAGAACUACCCCUUCUUACGUGGCCUUUACUGACUCGGAGCGUUUGAUUGGUGACGCGGCGAAGAACCAAGUGGCGAAGAACCCGGCGAACACUGUGUUUGACGCUAAGCGUUUGAUUGGUCGGAAGUUCCAAGAUGAUGCUGUACAGUCUGACAUGAAGCACUGGCCUUUCAAGGUGAAGCCUGACCCUACUGGCAAGCCUGUGAUUGAGGUGCAGUAUCAGGGAGCGACGAAGACGUUCCACGCCGAGGAGAUUUCGGCCAUGGUGUUGAUUAAGAUGAAGGAGACCGCUGAGGCUUACCUCGGAACGAAGGUGACGCAGGCUGUCAUUACCGUCCCUGCGUACUUCAACGAUUCUCAGCGCCAGGCAACCAAGGAUGCCGGCGCCAUUGCUGGUCUCCAGGUGCUCCGCAUCAUCAACGAGCCGACUGCUGCAGCUAUCGCAUACGGCUUGGACAAGAAGGCCGACGCGGGCGAGAAGAAUGUGCUCAUCUUCGACCUCGGUGGCGGCACCUUCGAUGUCUCUCUCCUCACCAUUGAGGAAGGCAUCUUCGAAGUCAAGGCCACGGCUGGUGACACGCACUUGGGCGGUGAGGAUUUCGACAACCGCCUUGUCGAGUACUGUUGCCAGGACUUCAAGCGCAGACACAAGAGCGACCUGAACAGCUCCGCCCGUGCACUGCGACGCCUCCGUACCGCCUGCGAGCGCGCCAAGAGAACUCUCAGUUCCGCCACCCAGGCCUCCAUUGAAAUCGAUUCGCUCUUCGAGGGUAUCGACUACUCAACAAACGUCACCCGUGCUCGGUUCGAAGACCUGAACAUGGACUACUUCAAGAAGUGCAUGGAACCCGUCGACAAGGUCCUUCAGGACGCCAAGUGCGACAAACGCUCGGUGCACGAAAUUGUCUUGGUUGGUGGUUCCACCCGAAUCCCCAAGGUCCAGCAAAUCAUUACCGAGUACUUCGGCGGCAAGGAGCCCUGCCGCUCCAUCAACCCCGACGAGGCUGUGGCUUACGGUGCCGCUGUGCAGGCUGGUAUCCUUACUGACUCGACUAACGAGAAGAUCCAGGACAUCCUUCUGCUGGAUGUCACGCCUUUGUCGCUCGGUCUGGAAACGGCCGGCGGUGUGUUCACACGUCUCAUUGACAGGAACACUACCAUCCCGACCAAGAAGACGCAAACCUUCACCACCUAUGCCGACAACCAGCCCGGUGUCCUAAUCCAGGUCUUUGAAGGCGAACGCCAGCUCACUGUGCACAACAACCUCCUGGGCAAGUUCCACCUCGAUGGCAUCCCCCCCGCUCCCCGCGGCGUGCCUCAAAUCGAAGUCACUUUCGAUGUGGACGCCAACGGCAUCCUGAACGUGUCCGCCGUCGAAAAGGCCACGGGCAAGAGCAACAAGAUCACCAUCACCAACGAGAAGGGCAGACUUUCUCAGUCCGACAUCGACAAAAUGGUCCAGGAAGCCGAGAAGUUCAAGGCUGAGGAUGAGCUCCAGAAGAAGCGCAUCGACGCUAAGAACGGUCUCGAGAACUACUGCUACACCAUGCGCAACACCAUGCAGGACGAGAACAUCAAGUCCAAAAUCGACGAAGCCGACCGCAAUACCGUCGACACCAAGCUCAACGAAAUCAUCCAGUGGCUCGACCACAACCAGGACGCUAACACCGUUGACUUCGAAAACAAACAGAAGGAAAUCGAAGCCGUCUGCAACCCCGUCAUGAUGAAGGCCUACGGUGGCGCCGGUGGCAUGCCCGACAUGUCUGGUAUGCCCGGCGGCCCUGGCGGCCCCGGCGGCCCUGGCGCCGCCCCCGGCGGACCCACUGUCGAGGAGGUUGACUAA